GGGGGGGGGGUGCAGAUUCGGUGGUUCAUGGAUUGAAUUUGGAUCUGCAGAUCUGUAGUCUGAAUCUUGUUGAUUAUUCACGUCACUUACCGGUCGUGCUCACGAAGUCUGAGCAGUAGCCAGUGAUAUAGUUUUGACAAUAUGGGUUACAUAUUUAUUUUGAUGCAAUAUCAUUGUAAACAUACAAGUCCAGAGUUUAAAAUGAAAAGCCGGUUACAAGGUCGAGUUCUUUAUAAUCGCUAUAAGGUGAUGGGCCAGUCGAGUACCAGUUACCUAGUGAAUACCCUAUGUAUGAGUCAUGCUUCACACUUUUAUUGAUUUUGUAGGACUUAUUAUGGUUUGUUUGUUUUGAUUCACUUAUGCCACAAUAGUGUUUCUGAUGAUAGUAACAACGCACCGCUUUAAAACGGUGUCGUUGACGAAGGCUACUGCAUCCAGAUUUCAUAACAUUGUUUUAUGACCAGUUGCUCUUCCAUCAGACCAUCACCCUGGUUGGCGCUGGGUCUGCAACAAUGUUUUCCUAAUAAGAGACAGUGCGGCUCAUGAAUGUGUUUUUAUUUGUUUCAAUUAUGUUUUUAGCAGUAAGCAUUGAACAUUUGGGGAAUGUUUUAGUAAUGGGCAUGUGCGCAUAUGUUAAUUUUUUCUACAUGCACAUCACGUUUUCUAUUGGUACGUGCGGUCACCUCAUCAUUGUUAGAGUUAUAAUAUAAGUCAUGUACCCCUUUAUAUUUAUCUCGUUGUAUGAGGGGUUUCCUGCAUAUGUUCCACACUUGUACAUGUAUAUAUAUAUCGGCCUAUGGCCUCAUGGGAAUACAAGUUGCAUAUUCCUAACAUGGUAUUAGAGCUAGGUCAAUUUUUUUGCACGCUGCAACUCGUGCUUUUGAUCCGUCUGUUCGAUCGAAGCAAUCCGCUCGAUCUCCUCUUCGUCUCUCGAUCGAGGCAGGGGGCUCGUCCGCAGGAGCCCCCGAUCUCCUCUUCAGCCAGCCGCUAGCAGGGCUUCUGCUGCCGGCCCCGUCCCGAUCGGGCGUCUUCCAGCCGCUCGGCUGCCGGCCCGUCCCGCUCCCGUCCAGCCGGCGCUCAGGAGCCCCCGAUCUCCUACCCAGCCGCCCGUCCCGCUCCCGUCCAGCCGGCGCUCAGGGAGCUCGGCUGCUGGCCUGUCCCGCUCGGGCGCCACCCAGCCGCCCUUCCCGCAGGCGCCCAGGGCGUCAGAUCGGCCCAGGGGGCUCGUCCUGCAGGCGCCCUUGAUCUCCUCUCCCGCCGGCUUUCGCUGCUCCCGUAGCAGCGCCUGAUUCCGAUCCGGUCGUUCUUGUCGGAUCUAAAAAAAAAUGUCUGCUGCAUCGGGUUAUGUUGCUGUUCCUCGCUGUCCGGUGAUCUUUGAUGGUACUAACUACACCGAGUUCACUGGCUUCAUGCGCAUUCACAUGCGUGGCAUCCGUCUUUGGGGUGUUCUUUCUGGCGAGGUUUGUUGUCCGCCACGUCCAGUUCCUCCGGUGGCCCCUACCCCGCCAACUCCAUCGGUUCUUCCUACGGAUGCUAAUCAGGCUGCCAAGGAUGCGGCUAGGGUUGCUGAUGAGGUUGCUGAUCGUGCUUAUGAUGAGAGGGUUUUGGCUUAUGAGGAGGCUCUUCAGUUGUAUCAUGGUGCUCUGUCUGCUUACACCCAGUGGCUUGAUGAUGAUGCUCGUGCUGCAGCUGUUCUCACUGCUAGUGUUCUGCCUCAGUUUGCUUCUGAAUUUCUGGGUCUUUCUACUGUCUUUGAGAUGUGGACCCGUCUUCGUGAGCGCUAUCAGCCCUCUGGUGAUGCCUUAUACCUCUUUGUGAUCCGCCAGGAGCAUGCUCUUCAGCAGGGUGACUCUACUGUUGAUGACUUCUAUGCACAGAGUUCUGCUAUCUGGCGUCAGCUUGAUUCUCUCCGUAGUGCUGGGUGUCGUACCUGCCCCUGUUGCCAGGCUGUCCAGGCCAAUUUGGAGUUUCAUCGCGUCUAUGAGUUCUUGUCUCGGCUUCGUAAGGAGUUUGAGCCCCGGCGUGCUCAGUUGUUUGCUCGUGGCCGUAUUUCUCUCAUGGAGGCGCUUUCUGAGAUUCGUGCAGAGGAGACUCGCUUACGUGGUGCUGGUUUGCUGGAGGUUCCCUCUGUGCUUGCUACUCGUGCUCCUCCGCCACCUGCUCCAUCGACCACUUCUCGCUCGAGUGCUCCGCCGCUCUUGCCCACUCCUUCUGGAGGCUCCGGUCGCCCCCGUCCACACUGCGCCUAUUGCAACAAUGAUGGUCAUCUUGAGUCUCAGUGCUACACGAAGAAGAAACACCUGCGCAAGGCUCGAUCAUCAUCUUCAGGGACUUCGUCGUCUACCUCGACAGCUUCACCCAUUGCUUUGACUAAGCAGGAUAUUCUGAGACUUAAGCGUCUGCUCGCGGCUUCAGGUUCUUCCUCGACGGGUACUGCCGGUUCUGUGACUGAUGCUUCCCGCACUGAGCAAUCACCCUCUACACAGUCAGGACCGUCACACGCACACUCUGGUUGGGGCUGGCCCUCGCCGCCGUGAUUCUCAGGGUCUUUGGGAGUUGGACUGGCUUCAUGUUCCUUCUGCUGCUACCACCAUCGCCAGUUCUUCCGCUUCUGUUGCCUCUGUCACUGGUUCCUUCCAGCAGUGGCAUCAUCGACUUGGUCAUCUGUGUGGUUCUCGGUUGUCUUCUUUAGUUCGUCGAGGCCUUCU